AAAAAUAAAAGGGGAUUCAGAUCAACUAUAAAUAGUUCCCAGCUUCACCAUUCUUCCAUCUUUCUCUGCAAUUCCUCUAGUUUCUUUUCUACCAAACAAAACCCUGCUUGUCAUGUAUGGCUUCUACUUCAUCUUUAGCCUUCUCCUCUAAAACUACCUACGAUGUUUUCCUUAGUUUUAGAGGUAUUGAUACUCGUCCAACUUUUACUAGUCAUCUUUAUUCUGCUUUAUGUCGGAAAAGUAUCCCAACAUUCAUAGACGAUGAUCUUGAGAGAGGAGAACGGAUCUCGCCAGCGCUUUUGAAGGCGAUUGAAGAAUCCAUGAUUUCAGUAGUAAUUUUCUCAGAAAAUUAUGCAUCCUCUCGGUGGUGCCUAGAUGAACUGGUGAAGAUCAUUGACUGCCAGAAAGAAAUGGGGCGAAAGAUUUUACCCAUUUUCUAUCAUGUAGAUCCUUCUGAUGUUAGAAAACAGACUGGGAAAUUUGGAGAAGCAUUUGGAAAAGUUAAAGAAAAAUUUAAGCAAAGCUUAGACAUUGUGGAGAAGUGGAGCACUGCUUUGACGGAAGUAGCCAAUCUGUCUGGAUGGGAUUCCAGCAUCUACAGGCAUGAAUCGGAAUUAAUUGACAAAGUUGUCAAACAUAUCAUGAAGAAACUAUAUCCCGUCUCCUUUAGUGCUUGUGAUGAUUUAGUUGGGAUUGAUGCUCACCUCAACGAAAUUCUGUCAUUCCUAUGUAUUGAGAUGGCAGAUGUUCGUUUUAUUGGAAUUUGGGGAAUAGGGGGCAUAGGAAAGACAACCAUUGCUGAAGCGCUUUUCGGUCAAAUCUCUGAUGAAUUUGAUGCUUGUUACUUUCUAAACAACGUUAGGGAAAGUACAGAAAAGCAUGGAUUACUGCAUUUACGACAAAAUCUUUUUUCCAAACUUGUAGGGGAUGAACAUUUGAGCAUACAAACGCCCCGUGUACUUCCCACUAUUGUUUUGGAUAUAUUGAGAAGAAAGAAGAUUUUCAUUGUUCUUGAUGAUGUCAACGAUUCAAAGCAAUUAAAGGCUUUGGCUGGAGAUCAUGGUUGGUUUGGUUCAGGAAGUAGAGUCAUAAUAACAAGCAGAGACAAACAAGUUCUUAGCAGUGUUGACAAAAUCUAUGAGGUUAAGGGAUUGGAUUGUAGUGAUGCUUUUCAGUUGUUAAGUAUGAAAGCCUUCAAACAAAAGGAUCCUCCGAUGGAAUAUAUAGAGUUGUCCAAAAGUGUGCAAGCUUAUUGUAAAGGUGUUCCAUUAGCUCUCGAAGUUUUGGGUUCCCAUUUGUGCAAUAAGACUCCUGAAGAAUGGGAAAGUGAAUUGAAUAAAUUGAAGAGAUUUCCUGACUGCAAUAUUAUGAAAGUCUUAGAAAUAAGUUAUAAUGAUUUAGAUGAAAUGGAAAAGAAAAUAUUUUUAUAUAUUGCUUGUUUCUUCAACGGAGAUUGCAAAAGCUGGGUAGAAGAUAUACUAAAUGGUUGUGAUUUUCCUACACGUUGGGGAAUAAUUCGUCUAGUGGAUAAGUGUCUCGUAACUGUUGUGAAUAACAUGUUAAAGAUGCACGAUUUGAUAGUGGAGAUGGGUCAAGACAUUGCUCGGCGGAAGGGUAUCAUAUUAUGCAAUUCUAAUGACAUUUGUCGUAUGUUGGCCACAACUAAUAAUAAGGCAAAGAAAGUUGAAGGCCUAUCUUUGGACAUGUCUGAAAUUGAAAGGGUAUAUUUGAAUAGUGCUGUCUUCUCACGAAUACCCAACUUGAGAUUGCUCAAAUUUUACUGGACUCCCUGGUUAAAGAAGGAAGGUACUGGCUUGAUAGUUGAAUCAAAUUAUCUAGAAAGUCUUCCUAACACGUUGAGUUUAUUUCAUUGGGAAGAAUACCCUUUCAAGUCUUUGCCAUUAAAUUUUUCCAUGGAAAACCUUGUCCACCUCAACGUGCGAAAUAGCAAAGUUGAAAAGCUCUGGAAUGGAGUUAAGAUUAUGGAAAGUUCAGAAGUAUUGCCCUCAUCAAAAAAUGGUAUUGUUGAAUUAGAUUUGAGAGGAUGUAAAAUGCUCAACAGUCUCCCAAAUAGCACUUGUGAAUUGAAACGCCUUGAGAUUCUGCAUCUUCAUGGCUGUUCAUAUCUUGAGAAAUUGCCUCCCUUAUAUGGUUUAUGCUCCUUAAAGAAGCUAUUUCUUGAUGGCACUGCACUUGUAGAAAUUCCCCCUGACAUUGUUUCUUUGUCAUCAUUAGAAUUACUGUCUCUAAGUGAUACUCCAAUGGAAGAAUUGCCGUCAUCAAUUGGAUGUCUCUCUUCACUUGUUAGUUUGAAUUUGAAGAGAUGUAAAAAGCUUAAGAAUCUCCCAAACAGCAUUUGUGAAUUGAAAUGUCUUGAGACUCUAUAUCUCAGUGGCUGCUCAAAUCUAGAGAAAUUGCCUCCUUUAUAUGGUUUAUGCUCUUUACGAGAUCUAUAUCUAGAUGGCACUGCACUCGUAGAAAUUCCCCCUGACAUUUUCUCUUUAUCAUCAUUGGGAGUAUUGUUUCUAAAUGAUACUCCAAUAGAAGAAUUGCCGUCAUCAAUUGGUUUUGGCUUUUCGCAUACUAAGUUGUAUUUGAUGAGAUGUGAAAGGCUAAAGAGUCUACCAAAUAGCAUUUUUGAAUUGAAAGGCCUUCAGAGGUUAGAUCUCAGUGGCUGUUCAAAUCUUGAGAAAUUGCCUCCUUUAUAUGGCUUAUGCUCUUUACAAAAGCUAUUUCUAAAUGGCACUGCACUGUUAGAAAUUCCCCCUGACACUGCCUCUUUGUCAUCAUUAAGACGACUGAGUUUACAAAACUGCAACAGACUCCAAAAGUCAGUAUCAACUUCAUAUAUUGCACCAAUAAAAUAUCGUGAAGGAUGCAGGGACUAUGGUUAUGGUUUGAAUUUUUGUAAUAGCUUAAAUUUGGACCAAAAUGCACGUGGCACAAUUAUGGCAGAUGCUAUCCGGAGAAUUAAAGAAUUAGCCAUUGCUAGAAGUUAUGGAACAUUUUAUCCUCAUUUUUUUGUUGGUUUACCUGGAAGCAAAAUUCCUGAUUGGUUGAGCUGUGAAGGCCCAGGAAAUUCAAUAGCAACUUCAUUCCCUCCUGGUUGCUUCAAUAAUAUUUUCCUUGGUUUUGUUUUUUUGUGCUAUUAUAGAAUUCAAGGCUCCUGUUUUUCAUGAGGAUGGACCCUUAAGAUGUCGAACCAGUUUCAAAAACAAUAAUGGCUACAAAGAGGCCAAUUUUACAAGUGAAUAUUUCUGUUUGGAAAAUACCAUAGAAUCAGAUCAUUUGUUCUUUUGGUACGAUGGUCAUGACAUUUCCUGUUUAGAUUGGCUCAAACAAAAUUGUGACAUGGAGAACAAGGCAUCAUUCCACCUCUACGCUGAGAAUAUGUACUCCAACUAUAUGACAAAGUGGAAAGUGAAAAGGUUUGGGUUCCACUUGUUAUAUGACAAGGUUGAGCUAAACAAAUGCAGUCCUUACAAAUGCAGAGAAGCCAAAUUUCUGGAGCAAUUCAAAGAAACAACAAAUGCCAACAAUAAGAGAAGCAGGAAAGACUUCUACUCCAGUAAUAUCAAUGGCAACCAGGAGGUGGAAACACACAGUAAAAGAUUGAGGCAAAAGUCCUCUAUGGAAGAUUACUUUUCAAAUGCUCAGGAUGGGAUUAACUACGACGCUACUAUGGUUCCUUCAAGUUCUUCAUGUGAAUUUGCUCCCAAAUUCUACAAAUUUCUUUGAAAUCCGUCCCUACUAAUUGUGGAAAACUAGGGUUUGCGGCUCUCUUUCCCUCAAGCUGCAUCGACGUCUUCCAAAUCUGGGCAUCAACUAUCUGAUCUGUCGAGUCUCAUUUGUUUUGGGCAUCAACUUUCUGAUCUGGCGAGUCUCACGAGCCCAUCUGUCGCGACUUCAGUGGCGUCUUCCAGACUCACUCUACGCCAACCUCGGCCUUCUCCAUCUCGCCAUUUAUGUUUUCAGGAGAAGAAUUGUAUUGCUGAUUCUUUAGCAAAUUGAAACUUGUGGCAUUGAAAUUAAGGCCCUUAUGUGAAAUUGCAUUCUGUAGCUCAUGACGUUCAAUUCUGGUCUGAUCCUCCAAAUGAGAUGUGGGUUUCCUCACAACAGAUGCAGUGGUAGUGACUCUGUGUUAACUCAGGAACGAAGUGCUUUGGAAUUCUAAUCAGAUUACAAGCUCUGCUUCCUCCUUCUUGAGUCAGUGGUUAGCUACCAAAGUUAGUGACCAUCCAUCCCAUUUUGACUACUCUUCGACAGUUUCUGUGGCUGAUUUGUUGAAAUGGCACAA